CAGGAGGGAGGAGAGAGGGGAGAGUAAAUAUUCGGCAGCAGGAUGUUCAGCUGAGGGAAUUCUUUCCUGGGUUGUGCUGGGAACAAGAGAGGAGCAAAGCGGAGCGACAAGUGCUCCUAACAGAAGGGGACUCACAUUCUCUAUGGCAGAGGAAUUCUCCUCGGAACUGAAAGUCUCCCUUGCAAUGUGGCUCUCCUCCUGCACCUGUUCUACUCCACUGGACCUAUUGUUUUAAGGCUCUGAUGUCAGUUCCGGCCCAUGUGAUCCCUGUCAUCCCUUCAUUUAUCUAUUACAUUACAACCUGAACCCCAUUGGCUGACACCAGAAUUCUCAGAGUAUCUGCAUCGCUUCACGGCACCAUGUCUGGAGGCUACACACCAUCACCAGGUGGCUCUUUCUCAGCACUGACUGCCAGUAUGUGGCCACAGGACAUACUUGCCAAAUACACACAGAAAGAGCAGAGUGUGGAGCAGCCGGAGUUUCGAUAUGAUGAGUUUGGAUUUCGUGUUGAUAAGGAAGAUGGAGCAGAGCCUAACUCUAGUAAGCUGCUGGGUAUCCCACUAACAGAGGACCCACAACAAAGGCUGAGGUGGCAGGCCCACCUGGAAUUCACCCAUAACCAUGAUGUGGGGGACCUGACAUGGGAUAAAAUUGAUGUUACACUCCCUCAUUCUGAUAAGCUGCGUUCCCUUGUCUUAGCUGGAAUCCCCCAUAGUAUGAGACCUCAGCUUUGGAUGCGGCUCUCGGGUGCCCUGCAGAAGAAACAGAAUUCAGAGAUGACUUAUAAAGACAUUGUGCGCAACAGUUCCAAUGAUGAUACUCUGGCAGCAAAACAGAUUGAGAAAGACUUACUGCGGACGAUGCCAAGUAAUGCCUGUUUCUCAAACCUGCAAAGUGUGGGUGUGCCCCGUCUGCGAAGGGUUCUGCGUGGUUUGGCAUGGUUAUACCCAGAUAUUGGUUACUGUCAAGGCACUGGAAUGGUGGCUGCAUGCCUGCUGCUCUUUUUAGAGGAAGAAGAUGCAUUCUGGAUGAUGGCUGCCAUUGUAGAAGACUUGGUGCCAGUCUCAUAUUUCAACACUACUCUUGUGGGGGUUCAGACAGACCAGAGGGUACUGAGGCACCUCAUUGUUCAGUAUCUCCCACGGCUUGACAAACUGUUACAGGAACAUGAUAUUGAGUUAUCCCUCAUCACAUUACACUGGUUCCUCACUGCAUUCGCUAGUGUGGUGCACAUAAAGCUGCUGUUACGUAUCUGGGAUUUCUUCUUUUACCAGGGCUCCCUGGUCCUGUUUCAGACUACCCUGGGAAUGCUAAAGAUGAAGGAAGAAGAGCUCAUUCAGUCGGAAAACUCUGCUUCCAUUUUUAACACGUUGUCAGACAUUCCCUCCCAAAUAGAGGAAGCAGAUGUGCUCUUGCGAGAGGCCAUGUUGAUCUCAGGAACGCUAACGGAAGUUAUGAUUGAAGCCCAGAGACGAAAACACCUGGCAUACCUCAUAGCAGACCAAGGCCAACUGCUUAACUCAACUGCUGCUGUCACCAACCUUUCUAAAAUUAUUAGGAGGCAAAGCCAGCGGAGAAAAUCUGGCAUCACCACAUUACUGUUCGGGGAUGAUGACUUUGAGGCUCUGAAGUCCAAGAACAUCAAGCAAACGGCACUGGUUGCAGACCUGCGGGAGGCGAUACUACAGGUUGCUCGGCACUUUCAGUGCACAGACCCAAAGAACUGUAGCAUUGAUCUAACUCCUGAUUACACUAUGGAGAGCCAUCAGCGUGACCAUGAAAAUUAUGUGUCUUGCUCACGAAGUAGGCGCCGCAGGGCUAAGGCAUUGCUGGACUUUGAGCGCCAUGAUGAUGACGAGCUUGGGUUCCGAAAGAAUGAUAUAAUUACGAUCAUUUCCCAAAAGGAUGAACAUUGCUGGGUGGGUGAACUGAACGGACUCCGAGGCUGGUUCCCAGCAAAGUUUGUAGAAAUUCUUGAUGAGAGGAGCAAAGAGUACUCGGUUGCUGGGGAUGACUCUGUGACAGAAGGCAUCACAGACCUGGUUCGAGGGACCCUCUGUCCAAGCAUCAAAUCAAUCUUUGAACAUGGACUGAAAAAGCCAUCUUUAUUGGGAGGUCCUUGUCACCCAUGGCUCUUUAUAGAAGAGGCAGCCAGCCGAGAGGUAGAGAGAGACUUUGACUCGGUUUAUUCUCGCCUUGUCCUGUGCAAGACCUACAGAUUGGAUGAAGAUGGCAAAGUGUUAACGCCAGAGGAACUGCUCUAUCGGGGGGUGCAGUCUGUAAAUGUCAGCCAUGAUGCAGCCCAUGCACAGAUGGAUGUGAAGCUCCGGUCUCUCAUUUGCAUUGGCCUCAACGAGCAGGUGCUGCACCUUUGGCUUGAAGUGUUGUGUUCCAGCCUGCCAACAGUAGAGAAGUGGUACCAGCCAUGGUCUUUCUUAAGGAGUCCUGGGUGGGUACAGAUCAAGUGUGAGUUAAGGGUCCUCUCAAGAUUUGCCUUCAGUUUGUCUCCAGACUGGGAGCUGCCAGUGAAACGAGAGGACAAAGAAAAGAAACCACUGAAGGAAGGAGUACAGGAUAUGUUGGUUAAACACCACCUUUUUAGCUGGGACAUUGAUGGAUAAUAUUUGGAACUCCAUUUUGCUCCACAGGGUACAGAUGUGACCUGUGGAGCCUAAAGAACUUAACUCCAAACUGCACUUUUUUAGUCCUGCUGUACUGCCAAGAACUCGCUAAAUGCUCUCAUUCAUACAAACUGUGUUGGCGAUCACUCCAAGCUGAAUGUAAGUUGGCGUUGCACCAGAGGAACCCUUACACACAGCCACAUGAAGACGAGACUGAGGCACGGGGACAGGCCCGGACUGGCAAUCUGCAGGUUCUGGCAAAUGCCAAAGGGGCUGCCGAAAAAUUCCAUUGACAGUCACUAUUUAUUGGGCUGUUUGGGCCUAUGUGUACAUGAAAUGCCAGAGCCUAUUUGACUCCCAGUCCAGACCUGCAUGGGGAAAAAAACAGUAUUGAGUCUGUGUGAGGAACCUGCCCUUCAGCCAUACCAUGUGACAUUUCCUGAAAAGAUGGCUGGAUGUCUCCUAAUCAUUUUAUCCUGCUGGAAACACUAUACCCCUGUGUAUAUAAAUACAUAUCAAGUGUAUAUUUUGUGACCCAUGUGUAGAUUUUAUUUCCUACCUCCUUCUCACAUUUCCAUUUAUUAAGAUAACAAAUGUAGCUUGCAAUAUGUCUGACACACAGCUCCAGAGAUUAGCAGGUGGCUCUGGGGUUUGUAGUGAAGCAGUGGUUGCAGGUCCAAAACCAAGAGAACCCUGUUAUGUCCUGAGCCUCUUUGUUUCAAAAGCUGUGCCUGUAACUUUGGGGUGAAGACACGUGGAGCUAAUUAGUAGCAUCUACUUGUCACGGCAAAUACCCUGCCAUAGACAAUACUGAGAAUUGCCUCUGCUAAAACACACAUAGACAAUUAUCAAUAAAUGAUCAGAAUUGUCUAACUUAUAGCUGUGACAAGUAGCUGCUACUAGUAGCUCCAUGUGUCUUCACCCUUAUGGUCACUAAUAAACACAUUUACUGUUGAUGGCA